AUGGAAGCUGAUCGAGACGUGGCAGAAUCUAUCAAGUCUGCGGCUUCAACUGUCGCAUACGGUAUGAUGAAGUACUAUACAGGCAAUCACACCGGUGACGUCCCAGGAAACCUCCCAGCGCCAUACUAUUGGUGGGAGGCUGGUGCGGCCUUUGGCGCCAUGAUUGACUACUACUACUACACCGGCGACACCACUUACAACGAUGUCACCACGCAGGCCAUGUUGUGGCAGAUGGGCCCGAACCACGAUUACAUGACCCAGAACCAAAGUAAGACGGAGGGCAACGAUGACCAAGGUUUCUGGGCUAUGUCGGCCAUGGCGGCUGCUGAACAUAAAUUUCCAGACCCGCCAGAUGGCCAGCCAGGCUGGCUUGCUCUUGCACAGGGCGUCUUCAACUCUCAAGCUGUGCGCUGGGACAAUGAAUCGUGCGAUGGGGGCCUGCGGUGGCAGAUAUUUGUGUUCAACAAUGGCUACAACUACAAGAACACUAUUUCCAAUGGCUGCUUCUUCAACCUUGCGGCGCGACUAGCCAGGUAUACUGGCAACAAUACGUACUCCGAAUGGGCAGAGAAGGAGUGGGACUGGUCGUCCAAAGUUGGUCUAAUCAGUAAGACCUAUCAACUUUUUGAUGGUACAGACUCCAGCAUUGACUGCAUCCAUGUCGACAUGAUGCAAUGGUCGUACAAUGCUGGCGUCUAUCUGCUUGGCGCUGCAGCCAUGUACAACCUUACGGGCGAGGAUCGGUGGAAGGAGCGUGUCGACGGCAUUCUCAACGCCACGAAUAUCUUCUUUGCCGAAGAUCCACCCAACGUAAUGUAUGAGGUUGCAUGUGAGCCCAAGGGCACUUGCAACACAGAUCAGCGGUCAUUCAAGGCUUUUCUGUCGCGCUGGAUGACUGCCACCACGAAGAUGGCACCGUGGACAUAUGACUACGUUAUGACACGGAUCCGAGCAUCUGCCCAGGCAGCAGCAGCACAGUGCAGUGGAGGUACUGAUGGUGUCACAUGCGGUUUGAAAUGGACAGAGGGCUCAAAAUGGGAUGGCAGGUAUGGUGUCGGCGAGCAGAUGGCCGCCCUGGAGGUAAUCCAAUCAUGCCUCGCCUCCAGGGUUGUCGGACCAGUAAACAGCACUGAUGGUACAAGUAAGGGUGAUCCAUCUGCUGGCAGUGGUGAUAACGGAGGCAACUAUUCACCUACGGGAGAAAAGGAUGAUCCUGUGACUUCAGGAGACAAAGCUGGUGCUGCCUUGCUCACAACGGUUGUCCUGAUCGGUGUCAUUAGCUGUACGAUCUGGAUGGUCCUAUAA